UUGUUGGUUUUUUUUGUCGUGUUUGAUUUGGAGAUAUCAUUGCUUCUUAAUAUUUCUUUUCAGGGUGUGUUGUAUUAUAAUUUUUUUUAUUAUUUUUUGUUUUUGUUGAUGUUGGUUUUUAGUUUUUUGUUAGAGGUUGUUAUGGGUUAUGUUCGUUGA